UUUUGAAACUGAAAAAACUCUUUCACUUUCUCGGCAGCAAGUAGCAACAGCAGCUUCUGCAUCGCCACUGCCAUUGAUGAUGAUGAUGGCAACGGACGAACUCAAUAACUGAGCAAGCGCGUGGCCGACCCAACCCUCCAUGGACGUACGCCAGCGUCUCCGGCCCACGCGCGGGCGCGUGCCCCUAUACGCGCCGCCGCCGCCGCCGGACGGGGUCUACAACAUCAUACCCAUACACAGCCCCGUCAUCGACCACCCCUCCCUCCGGUUCCUGGAGGUGCGCGCCGCCUCCGCCGCCCUCCAAAUCGUCGACGACCUUCGCCGGCCGCCCUUCGCCGACUGGUCCCCCGGCGCCCGCCCCGACCUCCUCGACUGGCUGGCCGCACUCUUCGGCUUCCAGGCCGACAACGUCCGCAACCAGCGGGAGCACCUGGUCCUCCACCUCGCCAACGCCCAAAUGCGCCUCAACCCCCCGCCGCGGAACGCCGACGCCCUCGACCCCGGCGUCAUCCGCUCCUUCCGCAAGAAGCUCCUCCUCAACUACACCCUCUGGUGCUCCUACCUCGGGAUGCGCCACAAACUCCUCGGGCUCUCCACCGCCUUCCGCGUCGACGUCCAGAGCCUCCGCCGCGAAUUGCUGUACGUGGCUCUCUAUCUGCUCAUCUGGGGCGAGUCCGCGAACUUGCGGUUCAUGCCCGAGUGCAUUUGCUAUGUGUUUCACCAUAUGGCCGAUGAAUUGAACUCCUUUCUGGAGGAAAGGAUUGAUAGGCUCACGGGCAGGCCAUACUUGCCCAAGUUCUCCGGCAAAAAUGCGUUCUUGAAGUCCGUCGUGAUGCCCAUUUAUCAGACCAUUCAGACUGAGGUUGAGGACAGUAGGAACGGGAGCGCCCCGCAUUCCGCUUGGCGGAAUUACGAUGAUCUGAAUGAGUACUUUUGGAGAAGGAGAUGUUUCAAGACGCUGAAAUGGCCGUGGGAUCCGAGUUGCAAUUACUUUGCAACUACAAGCAAGAGUGAGAGGGUGGGGAAGACAGGGUUUGUGGAGCAGAGGUCGUUUUGGAAUGUCUUCCGUAGCUUCGAUAGGCUCUGGGUUUUGUUGAUUCUCUUGCUUCAGGCGAUGAUAAUCAUCGCUUGGGAGGAGAAGAAGUACCCCUGGCAGGCACUGGAGAGCAGGGAUGUGCAGGUGAAGCUAUUGACGGUGUUUAUCACCUGGAGUGGACUUAGGUUGCUGCAAUCCGUGCUCGACGCGGGGACGCAGUAUAGUUUGGUUUCGAAAGAGACGUUCUUUCUUGGGUUGAGGAUGGUGUUGAAGAGUCUCGUUGCCGUGACUUGGAUAGUUGUGUUUUCGGUGUUCUAUGCGAGAAUAUGGAGUCAGAAGAAUGCUGAUGGCAAAUGGUCCCAAGAGGCUGAUCGGAGGAUCUUUGUAUAUCUCAAGACUGCGUUAGUGUUCGUAAUUCCAGAGUUGCUGGCCUUGGCGCUUUUCAUUCUUCCUUGGAUCCGGAUCGGGAUUGAAGAGUUUAAUUGGACCAUAUUGUAUCUGUUUACGUGGUGGUUCCACACUCGAAUUUUUGUGGGUCGUGGCGUGAGAGAAGGGCUUGUGAAUAACAUAAAGUAUGCGCUCUUUUGGGUUGUGGUGUUGGUUAGCAAAAUUUCGUUCAGUUAUUUCCUGCAAAUCAAGCCUUUAGUUGCUCCAACAAAGGCUCUUUUAGCUCUUCGCAAUGUAACGUACACGUGGCACGAAUUCUUCGGUAAAACUAAUAGGAUGGCUGUGAUACUGUUGUGGACUCCUGUUAUCUUGAUAUACCUUAUGGACUUGCAAAUUUGGUACUCUAUCUUCUCUUCUCUUGUUGGUGCUGUGAUUGGGCUGUUUUCACAUUUGGGCGAAAUACGGAAUAUUGAGCAGCUGCGGCUUAGGUUUCAGUUUUUCGCUAGUGCACUACAGUUUAAUCUAAUGCCAGGGGAGCCGACGCUAAGUGCUAAAGCGACGAUGGUCAAGAAGUUGCGUGAUGCGAUCCAGCGGCUGAGACUGCGUUAUGGUCUUGGUCAGCCCUACAAUAAGAUAGAGUCCAGUCAAGUGGAAGCGACAAGGUUUGCAUUGAUUUGGAAUGAAAUCAUUACAACUCUGAGGGAAGAAGAUCUCAUUAGUGACAAAGAACUUGAGCUUUUGGAGCUACCGCCCAACUGUUGGAACAUUAGGGUAAUCCGCUGGCCUUGUGCCCUCCUCUGCAAUGAACUGCUUCUUGCCCUGAGUCAGGCAAGUGAGUUGGCGGAAUUUUCUGACCGGUAUCUUUGGUUGAAGAUUUGCAUCAACGAGUAUAGGCGAUGUGCUGUCAUCGAAGCAUAUGAUAGCAUCAAGUACUUAAUCAUCAUGAUUAUCAAAGACGAUACCGAAGAGAAAUCUAUUGUCAUGAAGUUGUUCGAUUGUAUUGAUAUGCAUAUUCAGAAUGGGAAGAUCACGAAAGUUUAUGAUAUGAUGAUUCUUACAGAUAUUCAUGCAAAAUUAAGCCUACUCCUUGAGCUUCUGUUGAGCCAAACAAAAGAUAUGAGCCAGAUAGUGAAUGUACUGCAGUCUCUCUACCAACUUUCCGUUCGACAAUUCCCAAAGGAGAAGAAGUCGAAUACAGAUUUGCAGCAGGAGGGUCUAGCACCGCUAGGCCAAGCCACUGAUGCAGGAUUCCUCUUUGAAAAUGCUGUCGAGCUUCCUGAGGAUCCUGAUUUCUACAGACAUCUGCGCCGGGUAAAUACAAUUCUUACAUCCAGGGACUCGAUGCACAAUGUUCCAUUUAAUCUCGAGGCUAGGCGUCGCAUUGCUUUCUUUAGCAAUUCGCUCUUCAUGAACAUGCCUCUCGCCCCUUGCGUGGAAAAGAUGAUGGCUUUCACUGUAUUGACUCCCUAUUUCGACGAAGAUGUCUUGUACACAGAAGGCAGCCUUCGAAAAGAGAAUGAGGAUGGAAUUUCAACUCUGUUUUAUCUGCAGAAGGUCUACGAGGAUGAGUGGGUGAACUUCUUGGAAAGGAUGCGCAGAGAAGGCUUGGAGAAUGUGGAAGAUAUUUGGAAUUCUAAGGCAACAGAGCUGCGUCUCUGGGCAUCUUACAGGGGCCAGACAUUGUCCCGCACCGUGAGAGGGAUGAUGUACUACUAUAGGGCUCUUGAGAUGCUUUCAUAUCUAGAUGACGCUUCAGAGAUGGACAUAAGGAUGGGUAUACAAAGCAUCGCUUCUCAUCAUUCACUCAGGUCCAAUGCCAGCUUGAAUGGUCCUCCUUCCGUCCAGAUGCCGGCUUCACGGAUGCUUGAUAGAGCACCCAGUGGUGUGAGUCUUCUGUUGAAGGGGAGUGAGAAUGCGUGUGCCCUAAUGAAGUUCACAUAUGUGAUCACCUGUCAGGUCUAUGGCAUUCAGAAAGCAAAUAAAGACCAGCGUGCCAAAGAUAUUUUGUAUCUUAUGAAGAAGAACGAGGCCCUUCGAGUUGCAUACGUUGAUGAGGUUCACUCGGGAGGGAAGAAGUAGAAUUUUACUCCCGUUCUGGUGAAGUACGACCAGCAACUGCAGAGGGAGGUCGAGAUCUACCGGAUCCAGUUGCCGGGCCCUGUGAAGCUUGGGGAAGGAAAGCCAGAGAAUCAGAACCACGCAAUAAUCUUCACUGGGGAUGCGCUCCAAACCAUCGACAUGAACCAAGACAAUUACUUUGAGGAGGCACUCAAAAUGCGUAAUCUGUUGGAAGAAUUUAAGAAUUAUUACGGGAUCAGGAAGCCAACGAUUUUAGGAGUACGUGAAAAUAUUUUCACUGGCUCCGUGUCUUCUCUUGCCUGGUUUAUGUCUUCCCAGGAAACGAGUUUCGUGACUUUGGGGCAGCGUGUUCUGGCGAACCCUUUGAAGGUACGUAUGCAUUAUGGUCACCCCGAUGUUUUUGAUAGGUUUUGGUUCUUAACCCGUGGAGGGCUAAGCAAGGCUUCCAAGGUGAUCAACAUCAGUGAGGAUAUAUUUGCCGGCUUCAACUGUACAUUGAGAGGAGGGAAUGUAACACACCACGAAUAUAUCCAAGUGGGUAAGGGAAGGGAUGUUGGGUUGAAUCAGAUAGCUAUGUUUGAGGCCAAGGUUGCUAGCGGCAAUGGUGAGCAGGUUCUGAGCAGAGACAUAUAUAGGCUGGGUCACCGCUUAGACUUUUUCCGGAUGCUGUCUGUCUUCUACACAACUGUAGGGUUCUACUUCAACUCAUUGAUAGUGGUUAUUACUGUUUACACAUUUUUGUGGGGCCGCCUGUAUCUUGCUCUUAGUGGCAUCGAAAAGGCAGCUAAGAAUGAUAGUGUCAGUGGUGAAGCUCUCGGGGCUAUUCUCAACCAGCAGUUUGCCGUCCAGCUUGGUAUCUUCACUGCUCUUCCAAUGAUUGUAGAGAACUCUCUCGAGCAUGGAUUCCUCCAAGCAGUUUGGGACUUCAUUACGAUGCAGUUGCAGCUUGCGUCAUUCUUCUACACAUUCUCUUUGGGGACUCAGGCGCACUAUUUUGGCCGGACUAUUCUUCAUGGGGGUGCAAAAUACCGAGCCACCGGCCGUGGUUUCGUGGUGGAGCACAAAAGCUUCGCUGAGAACUAUCGAAUGUAUGCCCGCAGUCACUUUGUGAAGGGCAUCGAGCUUGGGGUUAUUCUGGUAGUGUAUGCCUCACAAAGCCCAUUGGCCAAGGACACAUUCGUUUACAUAGCCAUGACCAUCUCCAGCUGGUUUCUAGUUGUCUCGUGGAUGAUGUCACCAUUUAUAUUUAACCCUUCAGGCUUUGAUUGGCUGAAGACCGUGUAUGAUUACAAUGAUUUCGUGAAGUGGAUAUGGAAUGAUGGAGGGAUGUUUGCUAGGGCGGAACAGAGCUGGGAGACCUGGUGGUACGAGGAACAAGACCAUUUGAGGACAACCGGACUUUGGGGCAAGCUUUUGGAGAUCAUUCUAGACCUUCGUUUCCUCCUUUUUCAGUAUGGUGUUGUAUAUCAGUUGAAUAUAAUCCAGCAUAACACUAGCAUUGCUGUAUACUUGCUAUCAUGGAUAUACAUGGUUGUGGCCGUUGCUAUUCAUGUGAUCAUGGCAUAUGCUCGAGAUAAAUAUGCUGCUAAGGAACACAUAUACUAUCGUCUCAUACAGUUUUUUGUCAUUGUGGUCGUGCUUCUUGUGAUCAUCUUAUUGCUGAAGUUCACUUCUUUCGAUAUCCUUGACCUUGUCAAGAGCCUCCUUGCAUUUGUCCCCACAGGAUGGGGCCUUAUAUCCAUUGCCCUGGUACUUAGACCAUUCUUGCAGUCCACUGUCGUGUGGGAGACUGUGGUUUCGUUGGCCCGGCUAUACGAUAUGCUGUUUGGAAUUAUCGUGAUGGCUCCCGUGGCUUUGCUCUCAUGGUUGCCGGGAUUCCAGGAAAUGCAGAUAAGAAUCUUGUUUAAUGAAGCAUUUAGCCGGGGCCUCCAAAUAUCCCGUAUUCUCACAGGCAAGAAGUCCAGCUGAUCCAAGUUGAGGUUCUAUGGAGAGUAAGGGAGCUGGUUGUAUAGUCAACCUAGGCAAGUCCAUUUGAUCUUGGAUGUUAAUGUCGCUAUUGCUGGGAGGAAAUUCUAGAGUCUGUCUAAUUUUCCUUCAGCAGCAUAAUCUUGCAGCGAAUGUGAUUUGCGGGGGUUGAUAUUCAUCCGGCCACGAGUUUUGUCUGUAAUUGAUGUAGUUUUAGCAGUUGAUAGAUUAGUGUUCAGCUCAUCACCCAUGUAUUAUUCCUCGAGCAUGCGUUUGUAAAUAUUGUCCACAACUCUGCUGUAGAUUUCAAGCUAAUAUAUUGAAGAAAAGGCAGUUGAGAGGCA